CGUCUCUCUUGAUUAAUCAAAAGGAGGGUUUGACUUAACCAUGGUUAAGGUCAGGGUAUAAAAUCGGAAAGCUUUGAGCUUUGCCGAAAAUCUCUCUCUCGCGUCUUUGAAGGAGAAGACUGAGGCGGAGGGAUAACAGUGUUUCUCGGGCCUCGUCUGCAAUUCCGUCCGUCUUUAUUUGCUUUUGUCGAUCACUUGCCCCAUCGAUAGAGACAUCUUAAUCUCUAAUCCAUCCCCUUUUGUUCUUUUUUGUUUCAAUGGUGUGGUUGCUGCAGCUCGAUCGGUUUGCUUUUCCCGAUUGCAUGUUUGUUUGAUCGUUCCUCGAUCAUCAAAAAUUCGAUGCGAAUCGAACAAUAGAUUUUGGUUCUGUUUGAAAUGAGGAUGGGAUUAGAAUCAUCUGGAUAAAUUCUUGACUUUCUUCGAUCGGUUUAAUUAAUGGAUUAUUCUGUUUAAAUUAUGUUUGGGUUAUGGAGGUAGUGGCGAUGCUUAAUUUGUCGACUUUUGGGGCUUGAUUCGACGGGUCAUGGAUGAGGUCAGCACAAGUAAGGAAGAUGAACGUCGGCUACGGGAGGCGGCUGGGGGGCGCUUCCUGACGAUGCCAUGGAGACAGAAUCGAGGAGCUUUUGGUCCUUGUCGUCCUCGGGCGGGGACUUCGCAGAAUUCUGGCACCUUGCGUGUUGUCGUUAGAAGACCUCUGGUGGCAAGAUUAACCAAGGACAUAGUUGAGACAUACCAAAUAUGUAAUCCAGAAUUCAAGUUUUCUGAAGAAUUGAACCCAAAACGGUUCCUUACCAGCCCAGCCACUGGGGUGCUAAAUGAUGGCCACGAUAAUGCAAACUCUGAUCUUAUCCUGACUGUGAACUUUGUCUUGGUCAAUGUAGAAUCACAGCGAAGGUAUGUUGUCAAAGAUGUUCUUGGCCAUGGGACUUUUGGACAGGUUGCUAAAUGCUGGGUUUCAGAAACCAACAGUUAUGUUGCUGUGAAGAUAAUAAAAAAUCAACCUGCAUACUAUCAACAGGCACUGGUUGAAGUCUCUAUUCUGACAACGUUAAAUAGAAAGUUUGAUCCUGAGGACAGGAAUCACAUUGUCCGUAUCUUUGAUUACUUUGUAUUCCAACGUCAUUUGUGCAUUUCCUUUGAACUGCUUGGCACAAAUCUCUAUGAGCUCAUCAAGAUGAAUCAAUUUAGGGGGUUAUCACUGAGCAUUGUUCAAGUGUUCUCAAAGCAGAUUUUGCGUGCAUUGGUUCUGAUGAAAGAUGCUGGCAUUAUUCAUUGUGAUUUGAAGCCAGAAAAUAUUCUUCUAUGUACAAGUGUUAAGCCAGUAGAAAUCAAAAUUAUUGAUUUUGGAUCAGCUUGCAUGGAGGAUCGGACAGUUUAUUCAUAUAUUCAGAGCCGUUACUACAGAUCUCCAGAAGUUGUUCUUGGUUAUCAAUAUACCACUGCCAUCGAUAUGUGGUCCUUUGGGUGCAUUGUUGCGGAGUUGUUCCUAGGCCUUCCAUUAUUUCCAGGAGCAUCAGAAUUUGAUCUUCUCAGACGAAUGAUAGAAAUUCUUGGAGGACAACCCCCUGAUCAUGUACUAAAGGAGGCGAAAAACACAAAUAAGUUCUUUAAGCGUGUUGGAAGUGCCCACCAGAAUGAUGAGGCCUCCAUAGGUGGCAGAACUGCGUACCAAAUAGUAACUGAAGGGGAAUAUGAAGCUAGGGAAUCGAAGAAACCAUCAAUAGGGAAAGAGUAUUUCAAUCACAUGAAACUUGAGGAAAUUGUCGAGACCUAUCCGUACCGGAGAAACAUGCUUGAAGAAGAGAUCUCAAGAGAAAGUCAUACCCGCUUAGCACUGAUUGAUUUCUUGAGAGGUCUUGUUGAGUUUGACCCAGCAAAGCGUUGGUCGCCUUUACAGGUUAUUAGCUUGUCAGGAUUUUUUCAUCCUUCCGGCACUUAUCCUGUAGUUUCAAAUGUCUAAAUUUUAAACUGGACA